GCUGACGGCGAUGCUGGGCCUCUGGCUGGGCUCGUUUCUGGCGGGGGUGCUGCCGCAGCUGCUGCGCGCCACGGUGGCGCCGCCCCCGCAGCUGCAGCCGGCCAAGGGGCUGGGCUUCUGCGCCCGCAACGAGGAGCUGCUCGUCUCGCUGCUGCUCUGCUUCGGCGGCGGCGUCCUGCUCUUCACCACCUUCAUUCACCUGCAACCAGAGGUGCGCGAGAGCUUCAGGGACCUGGAGAGCUGCGGCUACCUGUGGGAGAGCCGCGAGGGCCUGCCGCUGGCGGACCUGGCGUUCUGCGCCGGCUUCUUCACGGUGUACCUGGUGGAGGAGCUGGUGCACCUGCUGCUGGACAGCCGGCAGGACCGCAAGCGCCGGCGCCGCCAGCAGCACCAGCAGAGCGCCGAGUGCUCGGCGCACGACAGCGGCGCCAUCGCAGACUUCGCCGCCGCCGCCGAGGACGACGAGGAGGAGGAGGCGGACGAGGCGGUGCUGACGCGCACCAUGAGCCUGCGCUGCUCGCGCCGCGGCGGCCGGCCCGCCCGCGCCGUGGGCGGCGGGGGCGGCAGCGGCGGCGACGGCACGGUGCCGCCUACGCCGGCGCCCGCGGCGCGCGAGCCGCCGUCGCCGCUGCCCGUGCCGCUGCAGCUGCAGCUGCCGCCCACCGCCGCCGCCAGCGCCACCGCGGGCAGCGGCAGCGGCAGCAACGUCUCCACCCAGGGGCUCAUCCGCACCGAGUCCGCUAUAGGUAUCACGGACAAGCAGUCGUCGCUGCUGGACGCGGGCGUGCGCGUCAACAGCGCGUUCCCGUUCGGGCCGCCGGCCGGCCUGGGGGCGCAGGGAGGCGGGCCGAUGCCGCCCCCGGGCGCCGCCCCCGGGGACGGGCUGCCCGGCACGCCUGGCCGGCGGCGCGCCAGCUCGUCGUGCUCGCUGCGCUGGCUCUUCACCAUCGUCGCCCUCUCUUUCCACGCCAUAUUCGAGGGCCUCGCCGUCGGCCUCGAGAAGGGGGUGGGCGACAUGUGGAUCCUGGUGUCGGCGGUGGCGAUGCACAAGCUGGUGAUCACGUUCUGCGUGGGCGUGAAGCUGGUGGCGGCGGAGACGCGCGGCCCGCUCGUGCUGCUGUACAUGGCGGUGUUCGCGGCGGUGACGCCGUUCGGCGUGGGGCUGGGGCUGGUGCUGGAGCAGCUGGGCCAGGGCAGCGUCACGACGCCGGCCGCCGCCGUCCUGCAGGCCAUGGCCGGCGGCACGCUGCUCUACGUCGUCUUCUUCGAGGUGCUGCAGCGGGAGCGCUCCUCCGACAACGCCGGCAUCCUCCAGCUGGCCGCCAUCGCCUUCGGCUUCGCCCUCAUGCUGCUCAUCCAGUUCUGCACUUCGGGGGCUCACGCACAGCACGAGCGCCCGUGCAACGUGACCAACCACACCCACCACUGAACUCCGCUCUUCCCGACAUGGGAGGCGCGCCUCAGCAGCUGACGGUGGUGGCAGACCAGGGAGCUGCCGAUCAGUGAACUUCGAAAGCAGUUCCUCUCGAGGACUCUGCCAACUGCGGCCCCAUCAGUGAUCGUGACAACCACCGCUGAGCCGUCACACUGAGCACCGUGUGCCACCCGUCAUUACUCCUCCGAAGUAUAGUUGUGUUCUUUCCCUUUUUGGCGAAGUAUUCGGUGGUGUUGAAUCUGUACCGCGAAUGAAAAACGUGUGCACCAAACUGGGGCCAGAUCUGGACGGGUACCCUCCGUGGGCAGUGUUGCUCCAACUAAAGCACUCCGAAGCGACUAACAGACCUAUUCACAAUUACGAUCUGUUCCCAGCCCUCUCUUUUCUUCGCAAUUGAAGAGACAAAGUUAAGUGGCCCAUCUUGUAUGAGGAAACAAAAGUGGACCCAAGAAUAAACCUUGUUGUAUGGUAUUUUUUCCCCAGCCGCAAAAAUUGCUGAAUUUUAUUGCUCUUGGACUAGACCUCCUGAUCCUGUAAGAGUGCAGUGGACUUUCAUCCUCUUCAGAGCUGUUAAGCGACUGAAUCCACGACUUUUUCUUACCUUUUUUGCGGGGCCUUUUUUUAUUCCCUACUCUCGUAGAUUUGCUUCGAGAAGCUGAGCCGAAUCUCAAACGAGACAGAUUAAUGCGUAUUCAGUCGGUGAAUCUCUUCCUGAAACCUCUCUAGAUGGCUCAGUUGUAAGAGAACAUCCCACCAGAGUACGUUGUCUGGGUAUAGUCCUCAAACGGGUGCACACACACACAUAAAACAAUGUAUUCCACAACUGUGGAGAAAUAUUGCGCAAAGUCAGGCGUGUAUCACAGAAAGUACUCCUUUGAGACUUGAAGCCACUUUCUGUAUGCCAACACCGACAAUGUCGAACUUGUGGUUAAGACUUGUUGCGUUCAUAAAUUUCAGUGUGUACAUAUCGAGAACAAACGGACAGAAGCAUCCCCGUAGAAUUGUGUGUGCAUGCAUCAUGUUUCACGAAAAGAAUCCUCAUCAUUCUUAGAGACAAGGCGCCUGCCCGUAUAAGUUUCGCUUUAUCAGGUAUGGACGUUUCGUUUCAAUUCAAUUCGUUUCUCGCUGUUUCGGAAAUUCCACAAAAGUUGUCAGAGUACUUAGCCUUUGAAAGAGACUUAAAUUGAAAGCAUUUUUCUUGCUUUGUUACAGGGUGAAAAAGAUACAAUAAUUAUCAUUUUGCACUAUCCCAUACAAUAAAUGACACAUCCACAGUACGGUAAAAGGUGCAGAAUGAUAAUCGUCAGUUCAAAGUGGUGGUCUUAAGGGAAGAAGUGGUAAGUGAACUUCAGUGCAGAAAGCUGUGACAUUUCUAUGACCAGAUGUGUCCCAUACUGGGAGAGAUUAGCCAUAUCGUCUUGCACAGAGUUCCAGCUGUGUUUGAGUUAAAUGAGAAGACAGUAUUUUCUGUUCAUCAUGAAAGGGACUUCGUGCAGAUUUCAGUUAUCUUGCGAGAGAAAUGAGCGCGGGCGCCAGUUUCUUUCUCGCAGAAGACUGAGUAGUACAACACAUCGCACAAACCGGACUCGUGUUUUAGAGCACACAUACGUCUCACGGACGAUACGCACCCGAAGAGUGGAAGUGUUUGUCAGUGCUCCCCAGUCGCAACUGUUCCUACUGUAUAAAGGAAAUGCUCAGUUUUGUAGCGCUUGUUACUACAGUCCACAGACAGACAUCUCAAGGACCGAUUCGGCUGAAGUGUUAGCAGUAAUGCGACCGUCAGCUGACAGCGCAGAGAUGAUGUCUCUGGCCAUGGAGACAGAGGAAACUCGAUAUGCAAUCCACACAGCAGCUGACAGUAUCUUACAUACAACCAAUAAACCACGAUGCCUGGAAAUUCUACGUAGUUAUGGCUAAGGACUGCAGCGUCAGUUAGUGUGAUGGGUCACAGUUGUAGCAUCGAGAGAAAUAGCGUGUCGUGGUCUAACCGUAGCAAGUUCAAGACGCUCACAGAUCAACCACUGUGAAAACCAAUUUGCACCGAAUGUAUGGUGGUGGCGAAAGCAACAGACUGGUGAUUUUGUCCUUACAUUAUACAUUUUUGUCCUGUUGUUCCACCGUCAUACACUUCGUUGUAUUAUUACUUAAUAAUUAUUCAGUUCCAUUAUCUACUUUCUUGCAGUUCGCAGAUCACAUGAUUUCUAGCUAGUAUGCAACUUUUAAUGACUUAAGUUUUUAAAUUAGCAUCAAUUUCAGACUUAUGAGUCGUCUAGAAUUAACACGGAGACAACAAAUGGCGUUUAUUAUGCCUCAAAAACCAUGUCUCGGUAACGCUGUUUCUUGUAUGACGGAGCACGCUACAAGUUCAGUAACACUGUAUUGCUAUUCAAACCUGAGACACAAUAUUGCUCUUCAUUUCUGUUUGCUUAGCUGUAUACUCGGAGUUAAAUAGAUCUUGUGAAAUGUUAUAUUUUUUCCAAAGACCAGUGCGAUAUGUGUUAAACCAACCUAUAGAUAUAGUUCCAUUGCAAGUACGUAAUUUUAAUUAUCAAACAAUGGUUUCAAGAACGAAAAACUUUUCACGUUAAGGUGGCCUCUAUAUCAUUAGCUGUUGUCGGGAGUCAAGGAUCCACCUUUCUUUUGGCUCAUCAUUGCGUAAAACUAUGUUACGUCAUGCAAACAGUAGAACAAAUAGCUGUGAAAUAGGUAGUGUCACUAAUUGUGAAAAAUACUUUAAGUUUAUACAUUUACUUAACCAAUAGCACUUGUGAAUUAUGCGCUCAGUGUCCUGUUAUUCGGACUGUAUUAUCGGCAUCAGAAUCUGAAGCUCCUUGAGUGAGACCGAACUAAUAUUACUAACAUAUUUUAUGUUUUUCUGCUACGUUAAUAAUCAGAAAGCAGAAAGUGCUUCAUACUACG